GAUGUCAGCCUCUGGAGUCCCUAUGUGAGAUGUCCCAAAAUAAAUAUUAUUAUUAUAAAUGAUCCCAACUCUAAUUCGAAUCCAAUUUUUUUUCAUAGCUGUCUCUACAAACACAUCCACAAUCACCUUUUUAUCCCCUGACUCAUACGAGCGAGACCGAUCGGACGGCUAUUGGGUUAAACGUUUAUAGAAAACUUGCCCGAAUCGAUGGGGGUCAAGUGAUCAAGUCGAUUGGCGACCUCCGAACCCAGAGCUCAAUGGGCACAGCUGACUCCGCCAUUCAGCCAGUCCCUCGCUGCCUGCGUCGCUCGGCGCUCGCAAAACAUUCGUCGCGUCACUCGCGCCACAGCUGGCUGCGUAAACUUGUGCCUUUGCCUUUAUUUAUUUUUUCUAAACUCGCGCUGCGUUUCGGCGGGAACAUUUGACAUUUAUUAAUUUAGACUUGAUUUUAUUUUGCUGACUCUUGUUAAAAACAUUUAUUUAUGUUUAAAUUGCGUGUGAAAUGUGGUUUUAGUGAAUAAAAUUGGUUGUAAAAUAAACAAACAGAACUGUUCAGUGAUCCCUAAUGAUGACGUCGCUAUACAACGAGGGCAAGUCCGUGAUCCGCCCUAUCGCGUUCAAGCCGCUGGGCGGCCGGCUGUCGGCGGGCGGCGAGCGCUACGGCUCCACGCCUGUGCUGGCCAGCCGCCCGCCUUCGCACAUGACUCUUUAUGGCAGCUCAUCCGACGUCCGCGAGGCGCGCUGGUGCGGGUCGCCGCAGCCCGCGUCGCUGUCCGCGCUCCCUCCCGCCCCGCUCCCCGCGCCGCUGCACCACAGACACCACUCUGCUAUUGUCAGCAAGUCCCACUCUCUCCUCUCCACUCACGAGUGCAAGGAGCCGGCCGCGCCGUCGCCCGCGGAUUCGGGGGUGGCCGAGCUAGGCGAGCCCACGCCAAGGCACCAGGAGCAUCAUGACUACAGCACAACAGACCGUCUCCGAGCCCACGAGGUGCGAGUGCGGGCGUCGCGCGGGCUCACGCUACAGAGCUACGCCACCCGCGGCCCUCGCGACGGCGAGAGAGAAGCGGAGAUGGCCCGGCUGAGGAGAGAUAGGGCGCUGCUGAGACAGAGACUCGAGGAUACCGAGUGGAGCUUGUGCCAGAGGGCUGGGGAGAUAUCGCUGCUGAAGACUCAGUUGAAGGAUGCCCAGAACGAGCAAACAGCAAAAGGCCACGAGUACCUCACGCUGAAGGCAGACUGUCGCCAGCUGAGGGAAGCUCUCGACAAGAAAGAGAAAGAAAUCACGAGACUCCGAACAGAGUCCGAAGAGAAAGACAAGACCGUCAAACGACUGCAAGCAGAAGUGGACCGACUCACCAACGAUCUCAUGGAAAGCGUCUCCGACUUAUCCAAGACUAAGGAAUCCGGCAAAAUCGAAGUCGAACGACUGAAAACUGAACUGAAGGAACUAAGACAAGAAUUAUCCGAUGUAUCUCUCAGUAACUAUGAAGGCAUACAGUGUGGGAGAACUAUGAGGGGCAUUUACGAAGUGUGCAAAAGCAACGAGUACCAUUGGACGCCGACAGACAGUGCGUUAGAAGACGCGGAAGUACAAAGACUGAACGGAGAACUCCCUGACUCUUGCCACGAGCCGUGCCAAGCCACCGCCAUGGUGGAAAGACUCAAAUGCGAGUUGGAAGCGAAAGACACACAGUUCAACAGCGAACGGAGAAAAUGGUCGGAGGAAAAGGACAAAGUGCUGAGAUACCAGAAGCAGUUACAACUGAAUUACGUGCAGAUGUUCAGGAAAUCUCGCACUUUAGAGGCUGAGGUUGACAGUUUGAGGUUGGAGCUAGAACUUUGCAAUAAGAACGGCAAAAACGUCAAACACGGGAAAGCUAUAGAGUUGUAAACCCAAACAAGACUAUAUUCUUGCAUUUUGUAAAUACAUUUAGGCGUUAUUUAGUUAGGGUAAUUCGAUUUAGGUCCAUUGAUGACUUGUUUCUUGAUGAAUAGAUAAUUGAGCUUCUAAUAGUUCGUAUAAUACUCAGGGUUAAGUUAUUUUCGUCAAACAAUGGCUUAAAUUAUUGUACAUUACAUUUUAUGAUUACGUAAUUAUUCUAAUACCGUACCUUGUAUUUCUUAUAGAUGAUUUUAUUGAAAUAAUUUCUAAGUUAUUGUAGAUAAGAGUAAAUAAAAAUAUUUUGAGAAAUAAUA